AUGCUAGUGUCGGCUGAGCAAAAGGUUAAGACUGAUAAGAGUAUCCUUGUCAUGCAAUCUGGAAAGAGUUCCAGAAAGCGACCACGAAGAAAAGGAAAGGGCAAUGAAUCGGCAAAGAAGGCAAAAGUUACCGUGUUUCCGAAGUCCAAACCCGACAAGGGAGAAUGCAACUACUGCCACGAGGUUGGACACUGGCGUAGGAACUUUAAUCUCUACUUGGAGGAUCUGAAGAAGAAGAAGUUUGCUGAAGCUUUAUCUUCAGGUAUCAACGUUAUAGAAGUUGACAUUUUGUCUUCUUCAUCUUGA